AUGUGUACCAAGUUUCAUAGAAAACAUUUGUUAUCAAGAGAUCAUAGCAUCUGUCCUCUUAAUGAGUUAAAAUCGCAACACAUUCAGUCAGCCUUUGGAAAAAAUGGCAUUUGUAAAAAGCACCCAGACCAUGAGUUGAGUCUAUAUUGUUACAAACAUGAACAACCUUGCUGUAUAAUAUGUGGGGGAAUUGAGCAUAGACAGUGCGAUUCUGUUGAACCUGUUGAAAAAGUUGCACAAAGUUUUAAAGAGAGUGGCAAAAUUAACAACAUGUUAGAAGAUGUCAGAAGUUUUAAACAGAAACUGGUAGAUGGAAAACAUGAACAAGAGAAGAGUAUUACACAGCUAGAAAUCACAUUAGAUAAAGUCACAGAGGAGACUGAAAAAGUCAUAAAUGAUAUUGUUUGUCUCAUAGAGAGAUUGAAAAAUGAACAUCUGGAUGAGUUUUCUGCUGCUGUCAAAAAAGGCAAAGAAAUGCUGAAUAAAAAUGUGGCAACCUUUAGUGAUGGGACCCAGUCAAAACAGACGUUUGAGCAGUUGCAAACUAUUAGAUUUAGGACAAGAGACACACAGAUAAUGGCUAAAAGAGAACCUAUUUUAGAAGAAAUAGCAAAAAUGAAGAAAAUAGCAUGUGUUGACGUCAUUGAAUCAGCUCAUGAUAUUCCAGUUAAUUUUGAUGUGAGUAAUGUGCAGCUCUAUGCAAUCACUGAAUUUAGUAUUGCCGAAGGAAAAAUACGCAGUGGAACAUGGUUAUCAAACAAAAUAUUUAUAUUUUCUAAUGGAGAGAAAGGUAAAGUUUGUUAUGGAGAGAUUAAGGAAAAGAAAUGGAAAGUAAUUGGAAACAUUAACUUCUUAAAAAACCCUUUUGACAUAUUGCAAAAAGGAAAUGAAUUUUUUGUUACGUGCAUUGAUUCAAACUCUAUUGGAGUAUUUUCUGUAUCUGAUUUCAAGAAAUUGAGGACCAUAAGAAUUAAUUACGAACAUUUGGGAAUAACAAGCUGGAUGGAAGAAUUUUACUUGGCCUGUGGUUUUGGGGUUGCUAAAGUCGAUGAUGUGGGCAACUUUAUACAAGAGUCUGAUACACAGUGUAAUUGCGCUUCACAUAUUACAACUACAAAAUUCGGAAAUAUAGUUUACACUGACUGGAAGGAAAACCAAGUCACUGCAAUAACUGAGAAAAUGGAAAAGUUGUGGGAUUACAUAAGUCCUGAACUAAAAUGUCAAUAUGGAAUUGACAGUGAUUCAAAGGGAAAUGUAUACGUAGCAGGAAUGAAAAGCCAUAAUAUCCAUGUUAUAUCAAAUACUGGUGAAUUCAUUCGACUGUUUCAAAAUAUGAGAAGCCCCGUAUUUAUGAAAAUUGACGAGAAAAGAAAACUCUGCUGUGUAUGCAGCAACUAUAAAACAAUUACUUUCUAUGAAAUGAAAUGA